ACCAUAACACCAAACCCCCCCCCUUUUUUUUUUUUUUUGUUUCUUGUCCAUCCUCCUUAAUUCCGCAGUCAUUCCCUUCCUUCCUUCUUUCCUUUCAAAUUAAAAGAAGGAAUAUACAUACAUACAUAUACAUAUAUAUAUAUAUAUGGAUCCGGGGCAUCUUCAUCACCUCCAUCCGCCGCCGCCGCCAUAUCCGGCGGCGGUUGAUGCUGCUGCGGGGAGCAGUGCCGACAGGUUCCCUCAAUGGAGUGUGCAGGAAACUCGGGAACUGCUGAUGAUCCGGGCUGAGCUCGACCAGACUUUCAUGGAAACGAAACGCAAUAAAAUUCUGUGGGAAGAGAUCUCGACGAGGAUGAGGGAAAAGGGUUAUGGCAGAAGCGCAGAUCAGUGCAAAUCCAAGUGGAAAAACCUCGUCACCCGAUACAAGGUAUGUGAAACUGCGGAGGCGGAAGGGAUGAGGCAACAGUUUUCACACUACAACGAGUUGCAGGCUAUAUUUACUGCAAGGAUGCAAAGAAUGAUGUGGUUGGAAGCUGAAGGCGGCGCCGCCAAGAGAAAGACGGCGGCGGCGCUGCAAUAUUCAUCCGACAUGGAAGAUCAAGAUCAUCAAUCAAACGAAGAGAGCGAAGUUAACGAGAAACCGAGGAAGAAAAGGAAAGGGAAAGCAGCAGCAGCAGCAGCUAAUCCAAGCAGUAGCAGCAGCAGCAGCAGCAAUGGCGCCAUGAUAAUUAUAAACGGCGUACGGGAGAUGCUGGAGGAGUUCACGCGGCAGCAGAUGGAGGUGGAAAUGCAGUGGGUGAGAACAUACGAAGCGAGGGAGGAGGAGAGGAGAGAGAAGGAGAGAGAGUGGAGGGCAGCCAUGGAAGUGGUGGAGAAGGAGAGGAUGACGAUGGAGAGGAAGUGGAGGGAAAGGGAAGAAGAAAGGAAAGCUAGGGAAGAAGGUAGGGCUCAGAGAAGGGAUGCCCUCAUUACAGCCCUUCUCAAUAAGCUUACAAGAGAAGAACAUCAUCUAUGAUUCUCAAUCUCAAGAUCAAUUAUAGUAGUCAAACAUUAAUUAAUUGAUUAUUUGUCAUCUCCAUUGCUGCUGCAGCUUUCAUUUUUCUUGUUAGGUCUUAACCUAAUUCAAGACAUUAUAUACAGGCCUAGCUAGCUAGCUUGCUUAUUUA